AUGUCAAAUAGUCAAAUCAAGUAGUAACUUAUAAAAUUUGAAUAAGUAGAAAAAGAUUUUUUAACUCUAAUUUAAAAUUUUAAAUAGCAAGUAGAGGAAGCUGAAAUUGCUUCGAAAGAUUGCAAAGAAGCAGUUAUUUUUUUAGGAGAUACUGGCUCAGGUAAAAGCACACUUGUAAAUUGGUUGAAUAACGCUCAAUUUGAAGUUGAAAAAAGCAUAUAUGAUGAAGAUGAAGUGACUUUAAAAAUGAAAUCUGAUUAAACUUAGAAAAUUUCUAUUAUAGGUGAAGGAAUCAAAUCUGUUACUCUUUAUCCAUAAUAUUUUAAUAACUAAGAUUAAAAAAUUUUGACUAUUGAUUUUCCAGGUUUUAAAGAUACAAGAGGAUGGUAAGAACAAUUAAUAAUAAAAAUGAUGUAUAUGGAUGUUGUGAAAAGACUUGAUACAAAGUUUGUAAUUGUGGUAGAGCAGCCAACCUGCAAAUUUUAAUCAAGAGGGGCAUCCCUGUAAGAAUUAGUUAAUACAACAUUUUAACCUCAAGAUUGUGCUUAAAUUGACUCAAUUUGUUUGAUUUUAAACUAAUUUGGAGAAGGUGAAAAGAAGUUUGAAACAUUAAAAACUAGAAUUCUCAGCGACUUAGAAAGUAUGAAAAGAAAUUUGAAUAAAGAUAAGCGUGCAUAAUACGUAUAUGAAGCUUUUUAAAAAAAUAUUCAAAUAGUAGGAAAAAUCAAUAACGAAGAAGAUUUUAAAAGAAUAUUUAGUGAUGAAAAUAGAAAAUAACUUUGGUAAGCAAUAAAGUCAACCUAAAAAAUUUAAAUUAAUUGUUAGAAGUUAGAAUAGAGCUGGAAUAUUGGAGAAUACUUACUUGUAAUGAGUGAUGAAUAUUUGAAAGACAUCUUAAAUUUUUUAAAUAAAACUUGGACUCAAAAGGUUAUUGUAGAAUAUAACUUUUAAAUAUUAAAACAAAUGAUAGAAAAAUUAGAAAUUAAGAUUAAAGAAAAUGCAGAUUUCAAAUAUUUUAAGGAGAUACCUAAUUUUUUAGAUGAACUUUGUAAAAUAUCUAAUACAAAUACAUCUUAAGAUAUAUAAAAAAUCUAGAAAGAUUAUUAAUCCUUUUUUGAAUUAUUUUAGUUUUUUGAAAGGUAUAAAGAAUUUAUUCAGGGAUAUAAGAGUUUCGAGGAAUAUACAAAAUAAAUUCAACAGUAUUUUACAUUCACAAAAACAUCUUUAGAAUCCUAAAAUGAAAAAUUAAAGUUAAUUUAAGAGCAUAAUGAAUAAUAAGCAAAAUUAUAAAAAGAAAAAUAACUGUUAGAGAAAGAAACAAACAAUAUAAAAGAAGAAUGUGCAAUAGCAAAGCAACAAUAAAUAAAAAUUUAAUAAGAUGUUAUAGAAAAGUAUCGCUCAUAAAUUGAAAAAGCCUAAGAUAUGUUUAAAGAAUAGGUAAAAUAAAAUUAAGAGUAAACUAAAGAAAUGCAUUAAUAGUGGAAAUAAUAAUAGGAAGAACAAUAGACAAAAAAAUUAUUGAGAUAAGCAGAAAAUGAAAUAAAUAUGAUUUUAAAGUCAAUUAUUGAAAUUUAAUAUGAUUGGGGUUAAGAAAAAAAUUCAAAUUAAUUAAAAAAGCCAAAUAUGAUGAAGCGGAACUUGAAAAAUAUAUGGCGUAAAUUACUGAGAUUGUUACUAAAAAUAAGUUACAAUUUAACAUAGAUAUAAUGAAAAACUAAAUUAUAGUUCAAAAGGAAGAUGAUUAAAACAAA